GUGCUGAAUCCUGAGCCAGGGUCUCUUCAUGCAGAGCAGCCACAGCAGCAACAGGUGUUGACUCCUCAGGAACCUGUUGGGUAGAAACCUGAAGGAGAAUGCUUAAAAACUGAACUUAAAGAAGUCAGAGAGAUAUUAUUAAGAACAUAUUUAAGGAGAGCUGAGUAACAUGGAUCUGCUUCCAGCCCAGGAAGCUGCUAAAAUCUACCACACCAACUAUGUGAGGAACUCUCGAGCCAUCGGCGUCAUGUGGGCCGUCUUCACCAUCAUCUUCGUCGUCAUCACCGUGGUGGUCUUCAUCCAGCCCUUCUGGAUCGGGGACAGCGUCAACACGCCGCAGGCCGGAUACUUCGGCCUCUUCCACUACUGCAUCGGCAACGCGUUGACCUCGGAGCUCGUGUGUAAGGGCAGCGUGCUGGACUUCAACUCCAUCCCGUCCCCGUCCUUCAGGACCGCCAUGCUCUUCGUGGGGACCUCCAUGCUGCUCAUCGUGGCCACCAUGGUCUGCUUCAGCCUCUUCUUCUUCUGCAACGCAGGGAACGCCUACAAGAUCUGUGCCUGGAUGCAGCUGGCCUCAGCUGCGUUGAUGGUGAUGGGCUGCCUGAUCUACCCGGACGGCUGGGACUCCCCAGAGGUGAAGAGGAUGUGUGGCCAGAGGACGGAUAAGUACAGCCUGGGGAACUGCACGGUGCGCUGGGCCUACAUCCUGGCCAUAAUCAGCAUCCUGGACGCCCUCCUCCUCGCUCUUCUGUCCUUCACCCUCGGCAACCGGCAGGACAAACUGCUGCCGGACGACUUCGAAGUGGAUGGAGGAGCAGAAAAGCCUUGAUGAACACGGACCUUCAGGACCGCCGUGUGAUGCAGCUACAAUGAACAAGCAUCCUAAAAUGUCCUAGUGUAGUUUAGGUCAAAAUGCUCACCGGACUAGCUGUGUUGACUUUUGGUUCAUUGAAAUGCAGCAGCCCUUUACUGCUUCACAAACUCAACGAGAGAGAGAAGAGUUUUAAUUCGGUACUUGAUGUUAAGCACCUAAUAAACUCAGAGAAACA